AUGACAGGCAGCGUGCUGGCUACCGCGCCGCUCACGGAGACCCCGUCCUUCGUCUCCCAGGGGACCUCCCCGCCUGCGUCGGCCGCGAAGAUGAAUCGCGGCCUCUCACAGCGCAGCUCGCACCCGUCCAUCCACACGGACAAGGAGCCGCCUGAGCAGCGCUCUCGCAGGGCAGAGGAUGUCGAGGCGGCAGCACAAGCACACCAACAGCAAGGUGGUGCAGGCAUCUACGAGGCACCACCAGUGCCCGUGACGCGCGGGCCGGGACACACACCCCGCGGGAGGGCACGAGAAGGAAGCCAGCCACCGCGGAGGCUGCCGAGCCGCACCUCGUUUCGCCACGGCACACCACGCGGGGGUGGAGACGACGUGUCAACGACGCUGAUCCCAAAGCCGCAUAACCCGCGUGUGAACUUGGUGACACAGGCGUCCAUUGCGCCGAGCGACGCCUCCGUCCACUUCCUCGUCGAUGAUGAGCAGACCGACGCCCAAAGCAUCUUGUUCCAGGCAGAACCCACCACGAACAACUUCAACGCCACAGAGGAGAGCCUCAACUUUCGAGCAAUCACGGAAAGCAGCGACAUCCACUUCGUCGUCGAGCAGUCCCGCCUGCCGUCGCAGGUGGUGGCUGUGAAGCAGGGCGGCGCCUCCACGACCAGAUCGAGUCUGUGCUUUGAAGUGGAAUCGACGAACGACCCGAUGCGCAACAGCACCAUCAGCCACUUCUCCAUUCAGAGAAACGAUCCGGAGCAGAAGCCACCCGUGCCGACCCCUCACCUCCGCGUCGAACAUAAAGACAACAGCGCUGAGAAAGUGGCGCCGGCGAAGGUGGAGAAUGCGAGGGAGCCCGAGAUUGAGUUUGGUGGCGAGACGGAGGAGCAGCAGAGUUCCAAAAAGGCCGAGGAGGAGCGGUGCAAGCAGGUGCUUAAGGAACGUAGCCUGUACAUGAGCAUCCGUCCGUGGUCGACCAACGAGCCCCAUCGGCGCGCCCGACGCACAAGCAGUGAGAGCGCCGCCCACGGGUUGAAGCAGCAGCUGCACGAGAAGAUGGAGGACGUCGAGAAGCGCCGGCGCGCGAUGUACGCACGUCCGUGGCGCACCGGCAGUGCCAGCCCGAACACGUCGCGCUCAGCCAGUCGCACGAAUCCGAAGCGCCGGUUCACGCCGCUGAGCGGGCGCAGCGGCGACGGAGUCGCUAUGUCUGAGCAGCCGGCGACGGAAUCUGAGAAAAUGCAGGCGGGCAACAAGAGGGCCCCUGCCGCCCUCGCCGCGUACUCGUACUCCUCGUCCCCGUCCUCUGAGGAGCGGUUAAGCCCUACUGCGCCGACGUUCGACUGCGUCGAGGCCGCUAAUUUUGUGACGCCAGCACCUGUGCUGAAGGCCCCACUAGAGAUCAUAUGUGAGGAGUUCGAGGACUGGGUGCACACAGCCAACCAGAGGUGCAACCUGAAGGCGAUUGCGGAUAUGAUGCGGGCGCGCGAGCGCACGAUUGUGCAGCUGUCGACCAAGCUGGAGGAUCAGAGUCGCGUGAUGAAGCGGCUGAACAAGGAGCUGUACGACGCUCGCGAUAAGUGCAUGCGGCACCUCGGUAAUGACGUGACGGGGUUGGCGCUGCAUGCCCCGCGCAGCUGGGCGACGUCUCGGCCGCCAGGCCGCAUAAUCACCAGCCGCACACCCAGCGUCGUGCGCCUCUACGUGGAGCAGCGGCACCGGGCGAAGGACUACUAUUCCAUGAAGAUGCAGCAGCUUGGCCCCCGGCCGGUGAGUGUGCUGAGCGACGACGAGCUCUCCGAUAGCGAGAAGGAGGUCUACGCGCAGGAACUGCAGAGCUGGCGUGUCGAGCGCGCGGCCCUGCGAGAAGAGAAGGCCCGCUUGGUGCACUGCCGCCGCGACCUCGCCUUUCAGAUGCGCCGCGGCAGCAACAUCAAGGACAUCGCCUGUACGCAACCCACGAGCGGGCGUGGUCCGCUAGAGCGCGCAGCGACCGGCACAGAGACUGCCGUGGAUGUGAAAGGGUACGACCGUCUGAUGGAUCUUCGCAUACAAGCUCAGCGCGCGGUCGUUGAGACAGCAAACGCCAAGAAGGUGUACGAGGCGACGCUGUGCAUGGCGGCCACCAUGAAGAAGCAGCACGACCCCUCCUCAGCAGAGCUGAUGAACGCGAAGGAGUCACGGAGGAAGGCACGAGAGCUGUACGCCGCGUCGCUGCAGAGGCUGCAGCAGUCUGCGGAGGAAGCACGGUCGCUGCUGGAGCGGGUCAAAGCGCUGAAAGUGUGCAGAGAGAAGGCCGCCGAGUGGCUUGAUGAGAGCGCCCAGGAGGAUCAGGUGGACUACGGCGACGCAGUUCUUGCCGUAUGCUUGCAGGCGGACCGUGUCCAAGCGCUCGCCGAAGCCGCUGCCGAUGAUGAGGAUCGCACGCUGCGAUCACCGAGCACAGUGCGGCUCGGGGUGUCGAGGGCAGGCACGCCGCGUAGUAGCGUCAACGGCUCCAUGCGCCUCGGCACACCGGCUCACACCCGUGGAGCCAGCACAUCGAACGGCGACGACGUGUUUGCCCGACUGACGGCGCGAAAGUAA